GCUUCCGCUACCACAGUAGCUUAUGAUGAGUAUGACAGGCAGCUGAAAAACCUGCUUUGUUAGCACAAGCCGUCGGAGGUUCUGGUCUGGUGCAGCGUUACCUAAUGGAAAUGUAAGAUCACAUAACUGAGACAUGUGGCUUUGGAUACUUGCUGUGCUGCUGCUGCUGUUCUCCAACACAGACGUGUGGUACUUCCUGCGAGGGGCAGUGGUGGUCCUGCGCGCCUACUUUCAGCCACCAGUGUGGGAUGUACUGGCGGAGCAGAGGAGGAGCGGGCGGGUGCUCCCUCACGAUAUCGACUUCAUGGGCCACAUGAACAACGCCCGCUACCUGCGCGAAUGCGACUUCGCCCGCUUCUCCCUCUAUACCCGCAACGGCAUGUUCAAGGCAGCGCGGGCACUGGGGGCGAACAUGGUGGUGGGGGCCUCCACCGUUCGCUAUCGCCGCUCGCUGCAUCUGGGGGAGCCCUUUGAGCUGCGCAGCCGUGUGCUGGCCUGGGACGACAAGGCCUUCUUUGUGGAGCAGCGCUUCGUCUCCAAGGUCGACGGCUUCCUGUCCGCCAUCAUGCUGUGCCGCCAGAACAUCCUGCGCAGCAGCCCAGACCAAAUCAUGCAGCACCUCUGCAAGAGAAAGGUGGAGAGUCCUGAGUUCUCUGAGGAGCUGCAGCAUUGGAUAAGCUACAACAACGCCAGCAGCCAAGCUCUGAAGGCAGAAAACAGCCCGGAUGGGAAGUUGCAGUGAGAGGGCUCUGUAUUACGGGUUAAAGACCAUAGAGGAGGCAGCUCCAUACAGGAGAGAUACUGUACCAAUGGAUUGUCCUAACCUAGCUACUGUAAUUCCCCGGGUCAGAGCAUAAAUCAGCUUUCUUUCGCAAGCAUCUUAUCAGAAAAUGUGCUGGCACAUGUCCAUUCAGAGCCCAGUAAGAUUAAAUGAGGACUGUAGUCUCUUACUCUGAAUCGCUGGUCGGCAAAUUCCUUGUUUCAGAGAGCAUGACGCUUCUUGUUAAUGAUGACCAGCUCCCUUGAAAAUUAUGUGCUUGUGGGCUGUGUUGGGUUUAUGAUAGAUCCGCAUAUAAAGGUUUUUAUGUAAUGUGAUUGUAUCCUGCACUACAAAAUUUCAAAGGGAACAUACCGUGCUGAAGGGUUCUCAGAUGGCAAAAAACUAAGAGCACUUUAAUGCAUAUGAAGUCGCUGUCCUACAAGGUUUUAAAUCUUCAUUAAAUGAAAAGCUGAAAUGAAAUGCCUCAUUGAGGUGAGAUGAGACAUUCUUAAAUGUUUAGGGGAAGCUGACAGAUUAGGUGCAAAAUGAUUAGCAGCUGUGAUAAUGUGGCUAAAACCAUUAUAAAAUAAUCAAAGAGAGCAGCGUAUGUCAAAAAUGGUGUUAACCCGACCUUCUGUUCCCACUAUCAAAUUAGCACCUUGUCAUUGUUAAACUAUGCAAUUUGCUUUGGAAUGUGAGUAAAUUAAGAGUAAAAUGUGGGAAUGGGCUGGGAUCUGGAAGACUUAGAAGUGCAAAACCUGAAAAUGAGGUGUUAGGAUUUUGCCCUGUGCUGGGGCAGGUGCAGGUGCAAACCCAUUGAAUAAUUUUAUACCUCUUCUUACAACGUGAAAAUUAUUGGCAGAUCCAGUACAAAAGCACACGCCUUUACAUAGCUCUCAUUUAACUCAGAGCAUCAACAGUUGUAUAUCACAAUGUAUUUUUGCUAUUCUGUGCUGAUAUACGCUGGUUUUAUUGGAACUGCAUCUUAAAGACUGAGGUGCAACAAUGCACAGAGAAUAGCAUACAAAUAGGCAACAAUGACACGUUGCCUUUGUGACUUCACUUAUCUGCACUAUGAUUUUGAUAUUAGUUAUAUUGAUCAGGCUGAGGAUGUCAGGGUGCAGUCUUGUGAGGCACAAGGUGUCUUGGGAAUGGGGGGCAUUAUCCCUGGCUGUGCCUUAGAAGAAUUGGUUCAGACCAUCUGGCACACCGUCAUCUGUUGGGAGAAUGUUGGACAAUCCCCCCUCCUGCUCCUGAUGCAGACCUGCUCUGCUUUGUCACUUCUGCUUUGAUUUCUUACCUGCCAGCUGCCGCAUUUUCAUUACUUGCGUAUUGGUCCUCCUGCCUACAUUGACCCCCGAUACCUGCAGAGGUCUGUUUGACCUCUUAGACUAUUUACUUCCUUAUGUUGGCAGAUGCAUCUGUAAAGAGCUCUCUGCUGUGCUGAGUUUAGCUGUAACGUAAGGACGCGCCACAAAAAUGAACCUUGCAUUUUGUCUUUGUAUCGUAAGCGACAACCUCAAACCUUCUGGCCCACACUGAAAGAUUCUGUCUCAGCAGAAUGAGUUUGUUAACAUUUAAUUAACAAGAUGUAGACAAGAUGUAGAUGUAGGGUUUGCAAGACAAUGGAAUAAGGGUCAUAACAAGAUAACACUCCACAUUUUUUGUAGACACAUAACAAUACUGACACAACAGGACAGCACGCACAUGAAAUGAAUAUGCAUUUGAGAAAAGAAGAUGUAUUAUGGAGAUCAUAGGUAAAAACAAACAGUUUCAAACAAACAAAAGUAGUUUCAUUUCUCUUCCUGCUCAGUGAAGGAGGUAUUUAAUGGGAUUCUUCUAACAGCUCUUGGUUUAUAAUUUUUGGUAACAUCUUUAUUGCUAUGAACAAAAGAAAAGCCUACUGGCCAGGAAAUAGUGCUGCACAUUUAAGGACUACUUCAUUUUAUGGAACAGGUGUUACAGUGUGUUUUGAUGACUUUGCUGCUAAAGAACCCAAUGCACAUGGUGAUGUUUAAGAUUUAUGGUACCUUAAAUAAAUUGCAUAUCUAUUAUUCUGAUGUAGGGCAUUGUGGCAAUUUAAAUUUUGCAGGGUCAUUUUGAAGCAGAAGGUCGGUCAUAGCAUCAGCCCCUAAAUGUUCUGCAGUGCAACAUUGUAGUUCAAAUCUAUCAGUUAACCAAUUGAUAAAAUGAAGGAUUCCAACAUUUGUUUAAAAAAGAAAGAGCCGAGGAGGGAAACCACAAAGAUUGAAUUUACCUCUUGUAUCAGAUGUAAAUGUAAUCAGAAGGUUUUGCAAUUAUAGAGUUAUAUGCGCAGACAAGAAGCAGUUUUGUUUUAAUUGCAUGAAAAACAACAUUGUUAGCUCUCUGCAAGUUACAUCAGCCAUUGAUACUUUCAAGAAGUAUUUAUCCUACUUCUUUUGUCAAAGGUGGACCGGCAGAUCACCAUAAGAAAUGGAAUUCAUAACGUCUUAAACAUGUCUCUCAAUUUGGCAAUUAAGGUUAUUCACACUGAUUUUUUUUCAGUGGUUUACGAUUAUUUACACAAGAUCAAAACUGCAGCUAUGAAUUAUUUCUAAACAUUAAUUUACAAGGUGUGUUAUUGAAGACUAAAUAUCAUGAUGAUAUGAAUGGUCUAUGUUUAUGAUCUCACUUUGUAAUACUUGAAAGCACACUAUAUGCACUAUGUAUAUAAAUGUUUAUAUAGUGUGGUGAUGUAAAAAAAUGUCUUUCUGUGAUGCUCAGUUUUAUAUACAGGACUUGGAGAACGUGUAUGUUUUUAAAUACAUAGUUGUAGUUAAAUUAAUUGGUGUAAUAUCAGUCUGCACUGCCGCUCUGUGCAUUCCUCGCUGUGGACUUAAUAGCUGAAUAGCCCUGUUGAAUUUCUGGGUUUCAAUGGCUUGCAUUUCUACAGCUCCUUUCUUCCCAAAGUGAUUCACAUAUAAGCGAGAGCAAAAUUCAUGUAUCAUUCAAAUGCAGCUCGCAGCUGGGUGAUGUACAGAAGCCUCAAUAAACACUAGAUCAGGUAGAGAUGAGAGAAACAUCACCAGUUGGAUUAAGGAAAUUUAGGUCACUUGGAUUGUGCAGGCCAAAAGGGGAAUUUAAUAGGACAAUGGGAUAAUUUACCCCUGCUCUUACAACUAUAACCAUGGGAGCUUUAGUGACCAAAAGUCAGAACCUUGGGUCAAUGUUUCAUCCAAAGAGUGCUACAUCCUACUAUAGUCAGAUUGGCCCAAAGUAGCUUUUCUACACUUGGAUUAAAUUCACAUUUACUUUCCUACUACUGUUUCAUUAAGAGCAACACAAAGUAAAUUCAGGGAAUAAUUAAUAGAUUUGAACAGUGAACGCUCAGUACCCUGAAAGUCAACAGAGGAUGAACAAAUGGAAUAGGAACUUUAUAUUAAAUUUCAACAUCUACUAGAUGAUCUAGCUGGGCGAGUGGAGACUGAAUUUAAACAUUUAAAUGGUGCUAAAGCACUGUUAAACCGUAAGAAUGAGACCUCUAGAACACAGUUAGCCUAAAGGUUCAAUACAAAAUGUUGAACUACUUUGUCCUUAUAUUGUGACUUUUCUGUUGCCCCCUUUGAAUAUUUUUCUGAGCUGCUCUGGUUUUGUUUUCCAUUUAAAAACAAUGAGACUAAUUUUAUUGCACAGCUGUCAAUGUGGAUUCUACCUCCUUCCGGAAAAUUGAUUUAAAUUAUUUCAUAAUGCACUGUGUUUUGAACAUGUUUUUCCAUUUGUGAUUAAGUUGUUUGCCAAUGUUAUUAAUAAAUGCUUACACUGUUUGCAUGUACUGUGUUGUAUGUGUAUUUAUCAGCAUAAAAUGGAUACAUCUUGCUGCUAAGGCAGUAAUGGAGAAGGGUGUAUAAAAGGGUCUUAAACUUUUCCUGUAUAAUUCUUAUUUGAUACAUAGUGUAUCAGAUCUGACUUGUAAUUGACCACUAAUUGUACUCAUUUUGCUGAGCCAAUGUACUCCUGUCAAAUGCUUUUCAGUUUUUAUGCUUUAAAUGGCUGUUCAACAUAAUAAAAGCAUUAUGUUAAAUAA